AUGGAUCGUGGUGAAGUAUGUGGCGUCAUCUACUUGGAUUUAAAGAAGGCGUUUGACACUGUCAACCACGCAAUCCUACUUCAAAAACUGAAAUGGAUUGGUGUAAACUCGAAAUCCUUCCAAUCGUAUUUGAGUCAUCGUACCCAGAAGACAGUGGUUAAUAAUUGCUACUCGAACCAAUCUAAAGUGUCUAUUGGUGUACCUCAGGGUAGUGUUUUGAGGCCGUUGCUAUUUUGGUUUAUGUCAACGAUCUCUCGUUAUGUUUACAACAGACGCAAGCAUCUCUAUUUGCAGAUGAGACGGCGAUCUAUUACGCAGCCUAUAGUCCUAGCGAGCUUGAGACCAAAUUGAAUGAAGACCUCGUCCAUCUUAGCCUCCUCCUCAGGCAUCUCACCCGAGGAAUUGGGUGGUGGGAAAAAGUAUUCGCAGGCUAAAACUCAUAGAGAGGCCUGCGGAGGAGGCUAGCUCCAUCUAAAAUCUUGGCUAGAUGAUAAUAGAUUAUCCUUAAAUUUACCAAAAACUAAAUUUAUGCUGACAGGUGGUGGGCAACGACUGACGAGUUUUGGUUCCCUCGAAGUGACUAUUGAUGAUCAUACUCCGGGCAGAGAAUCUAGCUAUAAAUAUCUUGGAAUUGUUAUCAAUGAAGCGUUUUCUUGGGCUGACCAUAUCGACUAUGUAAGAGCCAAAGUGGCAAAGAGACUUUCAAACACAUCAAACAUAUAUUGCCAUUCCAUUCAAGGUUUUUGGUUGUUAAUAACUGAAUUUUGCCUCUUCUCGAUUAUGGAGAUUUAGUUUGGGGUGACAGAAACAAUGUAUAUCCGUGAUGAAUGAUUUGCAAAUUUUUCAUAACAAAACUGCCUGUGUUAGAUCUACCGAACUGUGCUACUAGUAGCCAGGCUUUAUCAAUGUUGAAGUGGUAGUUUAUAAACAUGGGCGUGCCGGAAGGAAAAAAUUAGGGGGGCGGAAAGAAAUUUGCCCGACUUUUUCGGAUUGUGCCCGACCAGUGCCGAAAAUUUUUUUUCCGGAACAAAUUAAUUUUGGCGACCUCGGAACAUCAUACAAAUUUUCCAGACAUCACAAAAUUGACCACAAAAUUGACAGAAUUUCCCACAAAAUUGACAGACAUUUUCCCAUUUAUUUUUAUAAUAAGCCAAUAUUGCCCGACUGUGGAGCGAAUAUUGCCCGACUGGCUUUGUUUGCCCAACAAACUGGGGGGAGGCUGCCCCCCCCCCCCCCCCCCCCCCCCCCCCCCCCCCCCCCCAUUAUGUAAAUUACUAUAUACUUUCUUAUUCGAGUACCCUUAUGAAAACCAUCUCUGACGAUAAGACUUCCUCACUAAAUAUUGUUUUAAAUUUAAAAAAUUAAAAUUAAAUUUGGUCUGUAAGGUGAACUUUUGGUCCCUAAGGAGGGAUUGAUGCAUUAUGUUAAAUUGUAUCAGUUCUAUUUUAAUUUAAUUUAUGAUUAUUCUUAAUACUAUUCUUAAGAUAAAUGAUUAUUGAUAUUCCGUCUUAUUCUUUUUCUUCAAUAUACUAAUUUCAUAAUUUUUCUGUUUACCCUUAGCCUACAUAUUACGAAGCAUCGUGAUCAGGCUUAACAUCGACGAUUUUGUUAUUAAAGCCCUGGGCAAACUAGGAAACAUUGUUGCGGAAACGUUUGUAAUUCUCGGUGUUUCCUCAAAUGUUUCCAGGUUUGCCCACCCGUGGAAACAUUGUUGCGGAAACAAGAUUUGCUUCCCGGGAAGCAAAAUGUUUCCUAGCAAAUUCAGAAACAUUUGAUGUUUCCCUAUGUUUCUCACUAAGGUUUCCUAGUGUUUGCCAUGCACUCUGGAAAACAUGGCGAAACAUUGGUAGGAAACAAUGUUUCCGCAACAAUGUUUCCUAGUUUGCCCAGGGCUUAAUACUCCCUGUGGUUUCAUCUAACUACUAAUGCAAUCAUAAUACAUAUCCCAGAAUGCUGCUCGCGAAAAGUUCCUUUGGACUGAAUAGUUUCAGAAGUUAAAAAUGUUAUGCGCACCUUUUGUGCACUCUGGUAAUAUUAUGGAUUGUGGAACAAGAGCAUCACUUUUUCAUUUUAGAUGACAGCUCACUACUUGCUCUUAUUCCAGUAAAAGAUGAACGAUUGAAGCCAAAGAGGAC